GAGGCGAGCGCUGCUGCGUGCCCCUGCGUGAUGACGCAACGUAACAACUGCGAGUCCCGAUUGCUGCAGCCGCUUGUCAGUGUGACGAAGAUUGGCACUCAGGUUGGCCCUCCUGUUCCUGCUCUAUAAUGCCCCAGUGUUUGCAGUGUCUGCAGUGAAUGAUGGCAGCCCAGUCGGUUUCCAUAGACAAAUAUCCAAAGGGAGAGAAGCAGAUGCAGAGUGUGGUAAAGGUAGACGAUCCUGAGCAGAAGUAUAUUGACGAAACACUGGUGGAUGUGCCCAGUCCAGCACCCACUGAACUGCAGACCCCCAUGGACGUAGAUAAAGCAUCUAUAUAUCGCCAUCCCCUGUUCCCUCUGUUGGCCCUGCUCUUUGAGAAGUGUGAGCAGUCCACACUCAGCUCUGAUUGCAUCACUUCAGCUAGCUUCGAUGUGGACAUUGAAAACUUUGUCCGCUGUCAGGAGAAAGAAGGGAAACCUUUCUUCAGCGAGGACCCUGAACUAGACAACUUGAUGGUGAAAGCCAUCCAGGUACUGCGGAUCCACCUGCUGGAGCUGGAGAAGGUGAGCGACUUGUGUAAGGACUUCUGUAGCCGCUACAUCGCCUGCCUGAAGACAAAGAUGAACAGUGAGACCCUGCUGAGUGGAGAGCCAGGAAGUCCGUACUCCCCCGUACAGGGACAGCCACAGAACUUCUCACCCACCAAGACUCAGACCCCCAGCUCUAUCUCAGGCACUAUCAGUCCCCAGGGUCAGAUUGUAGUGCCUGCAUCAGCCCUGCAGCAAGGAAACGUUACUGUUACAGCGGUCAACCCCACCCAGGUGGUCACAGGAGGCACAGUUUACCAGCCAGUCACAGUUGUUACUCCUCAAGGCCAGAUGGUAACUCAAGCUCUGUCACCUGGGACAAUACGUGUCCAGAACAAUCAGCUUCAGCUUCAGUUUCACCAGGACCUGAAUCUUUUCAAUCAUGAUGACAACUCAACAAAGAACAAACGUGGCGUUCUACCCAAACAUGCCACCAAUGUCAUGCGCUCUUGGCUCUUCCAGCAUAUUGGGCAUCCUUACCCAACAGAGGAUGAGAAGAAACAGAUUGCAACACAGACAAACCUGACCCUUCUGCAAGUCAACAACUGGUUUAUAAAUGCACGGAGACGAAUCUUGCAGCCAAUGUUGGACGCCAGCUCUUCUGAGACUCCCAAAACCAAGAAGAAAACACCACAAAAUAGACCGCUGCAGCGCUUCUGGCCAGACUCUAUCGCUGCAGGGGGAGGCACACAGCAGCAGGUCACCAUGCCAGAUGGUACCAUGGUGACAAUGAACAUGGAAGGUCUGCAGAGUCUGACCUCAGACGGAGCCACGCUGGCGGUGCAGCAGGUGAUGCUGGGAGGCCACAGUGAAGAUGAGUCAGGAGACAGCGGAGAUGAAGAUGAUGAUGCAGACAUGACCAGGCUGGGCCUGGACAACAGCGACUCGUUGCAGUAGGACAUCCCUCCUCACAAAUGCAUGAAGUGUUUAAAUGGAUGUACUCAAUGCAGACAUAUUUAGUUUCCAUUGAGCAUUAUUGUUCAGGACGUCCCCAGCAGUCCUGCUCUCUUCCAACCUGCAGUCUGCGUUGCAUAAGUCAGGAGUUUCACUUCCGAAACAAACUGUUUUAUAAUGAGUUUAUUCAUGUAGGUGAGUGCACUUUUUGUAUAUUUAAGCCCAAAAACAUAAAAUAGAAGAAAUAAAAAGAUGUGUUAAGAACACCAGAAACAAAUUUGUAUGUUCCGUUAAUAAAUAUUGACUGAAAGUUUUUGCUUUGUUUGGCCCUUGGUCCCCAUUCCCAUUUGAAUUCAGAUUUCAUUUUGGAUGCCAACAUUUGGAAGUUGUAUACGUAAUGGAUUGUCUUCACUUUUUGCAUGCCUGUGUUUUAAGUAGAUGUGCACACUCUUCCAGUCGACUCCACGGCUCUGUCAAAGGCCUUCAGAGGCUCCGUUGAGCUCUCAUGGAGAGAAAAAAUGUAGAGAUGCUUAUUUUUCUAUUUAAACAUGAAAUGAGUGUUUUGUUUUCUUUUUUGUGCUCUGUUUUUGUAAGGAAUAUGUAUGUACAGAUUCCUAAUUAAAAUAAAGAACCCUGUUUUUCAGGGUUCUUUGAAGUUUUUUAAAAAUGGCAAAAAAA